AUGCCCGAUCCCGGCAUCGCGCAAUUCACCUCCGUCUUCCGCGCCUCCGACGCCCACCGCGUCAGGCGCUGCCGCCAAACCGUCUCCUGCACGGCCUGCCAGCGGCGCAAGUCGCGAUGCGAUCGCCAGCACCCGUGCGGCGCCUGCGAGAAGCGCGGCUGCGGCGAUUCGUGCUCGUACGGGGGGGCAAAUGCUAGUCGUAAGAAGAGAGACAUGCAGAGGAAGCUCGACCAGCUGGAGCAGAUGGUGCGAGGGCUGGCCGAGGAGAAGACGAGCAGCAGCGGCAAGGAGGACGGGAACUGGCGAGGCAGAGAUGAGACGGAGACGGACUUUCACGGGGCAACGUCCUGGACGGCGCUGGUCGAGAGCAUCCGCGACAUUCAGGACAUCCUCGCGGCCGACGGAAAGGCCCGAGGAGCAUCGCCGGGGCCGGGGCCGGAGCCGGAGCCGGAGCCGGAACUGCUGCUGGGCGCCGUGCCGCCCAUCACCAUCAAAGACGUCGUGGACAGCUUGCCAUCGCGGAAAGACGCCGACAGGCUCAUCCUGGCCUACUUCGAGGCCAAGUUCGUCACCGCCAUCUUCGUCCACACACAUCACUUCAAGCGCCGGUACGACGCCUUCUGGGCCGAUCCCCCGUCCGCGAGCUUCCUCUGGAUCAGCAUCCUCUUCUCCAUCCUCAGCAUCGGCACAAUGGUCGCCAACACAAGGGCUUCGCCGUCUUCCGCCUCAUCCUCCUCCUCCUCCACAUCAAUAUCAACAUCUUCACCGUCGUCAUCGUCAGCACCAAGCUCGCGCUUCUACAUGGCCAAGUCCGCCCAGUGCCUCCUCGCCGGCCGGUACCUCGACGGCAACAGGCGCCUCUCCGUCGAAGCCCUCCUCAUGCACGCCCACUCGCGCAACGUCCAGAAGCUCGAUUCGGACUCGUCCCUGUGGUCGCUCUACGGGCUGGCCGCCCGGCUGGCCCAGAAGCAGGGCUAUCACCGCGGCGCCUCCUCCUCCUCCUCCUCCUCCGCCGCCGGUAUCAAAGCCAUGACGCCCUUCGAGGCCGAGAUGCGCCGCAGGACCUGGUUCAUCGUCCAGUCGACGGACCUGCUCUUCUCCUUCCAGAACGGCAUGCCGCCCAUCAUCGCAGAGGACACCUGCGACGUCCGCCAUCCCUCGAACCUCCUCGACGACGACUUUGACGAGGACUGCGUCUCCCUGCCGCCGCCUCGCACACCCACCGAUCCCCACCCCAUCCUCGCCUACAUCGUCAAGUCUCAGCUCUGCGCCGUCAUGCGCCGCGUCGUGCGCCACGUCCUCGCCGUGUCGCCGGCUCCGUACGCCGAGACGCUCGCUCUUAACCGGGAGCUGGACGAGUGGCACGACUCCGUGCCGCCGUGUCUGCGCAUCCGGACCAUUCGCGACACUGCCUUUACGGAUCCCAAUUACACCAUCAUGCACCGUCUGAUGCUCGAGCUCAUGUACCUCAAAAGCUUGUGUAUACUGAACCGCCCUUACCUCACUUCGCACAAGAACGACCCAGCGUACAACGCCUCGAGACAGAUAUGCAGGGAGUCGGCACUCAAGAUACUGGAAAUUCAGGCGGAACUUGACGUAGAGACGGCACCGGGUGGGAGAAUGUACAAAGAUAGAUUCAUGGUGUCGAACUUGACUUUGCAUCACUUCUUACUCGCGGCAAUGAUCAUCUGCAUCGACCUCAGCGAGUCCGCAGACAUAGACUCCAGAGACAGACUCAAGCGCAUCGCCACCCUCCGCAGCGCCUCCGCCAUCUGGUCCGCCCGCAGCACCACCUCCGCCGACGCCCUCCACGCCUCGCGCGUCCUCCGCGCCAUCCUCAACCGCAUC